AUGGGGUUUUUAAAUAGAUGUCAGAGGAAGUCACGUGAUAAAGCAAACGGUGAACCUGGAUCGUGUGUUUCUGUCAGUUUAGAUGGUGAAGAAUCAUCCUUAGAUUUCAUUGAUCCUGAUCCAGAUACGGAUUGGACUGCUGAAACUACAAUAGAUGCCUACGUGACGGUGUUUUCUAUCGAUGACAGACCAAGUUUUGAACGAGCGACUGAUAUUUUAUUUGAACUGAAGAAAAGGAAUGAAAGUGGUAUAGCAGUAUUGUUAGUGGGUAAUAAAUGUGAUUUAGUAAGAACAAGAACUGUAACAAUAGAAGAAUCAAAAAGUGUGGCGACCAUGUACGACUGUAAAUUUGUCGAAACGUCGGUUGUGCUAAAUCAUAAUGUCGAUGAACUUUUAGUCGGAAUCUUGACGCAGAUCAGACGUAAGAAACACAAAGCCUCUGCAUCCGACCACGACCAUAGCUGUUAUAGUCGCAGUAAACAAUUACUCAACAAAAUAUUCAAAAAGGACCCAAUGUCGAAAUCGUGUGAAAAGCUGUAUGGGCCUUGA